ACGGUGGGCACCAAAGGCCGCUGGACGUCCUCGGGCUGCACCCGCGUGGGGGGUGACACCCUCCACUCCACCUGCGCCUGCACCCACUUCUCCACCUUCGCCAUCCUCGUGGCCAUCCACCCCGUCAUGAGCUUCGCGCUGACGGUGGUGACCUACGUGGGGAUGUCGGUGUCACUGGUCUGCCUCUUCCUCGCCAUCGUCACCUUCAUCUUGUGCCGCUCGCUCUGGAGCGUCAGUGUCACCCUCCACCUGCAGCUCAGCAUCUGCCUCUUUGCUGCCGACCUCCUCUUCCUCGUGGCCGUGCCCCACACCGCCAACUGGCUGGCGUGUGCCAUCACAGCAGGCUUCCUCCACUACCUCUUCCUCGCCUGCUUUGCCUGGAUGUUCCUGGAGAGUUUGCACCUCUUCCUCACCAUCAGGAACCUGCGUGUCCUCAACUACACCAGCGCCAGUCGCUUCAGGAGAAGAUACAUCUACCCCGUGGGCUACGGCAUGCCGGCCAUCAUGGUGGCCAUCGCCGCCGCCGUCCACCCUCACGGCUACGGCACUUUUAGCUGCUGGCUGAGCCUGGAGGGAGGCUUCCUCUGGAGUUUCCUCGGCCCCGUCUGCGUCGUCGUCCUGGUUAAUUUGUUAUUUUUUCUCACCACCCUCUGGACGUUGCGGGACAAACUCUCCUCCCUCAACGCUGAUGUCACGGCCCUAAAAAACACCCGGCUGAUGACGUUCAAGGCGCUGGCGCACAUCUGUAUCUUGAGCUGCACGUGGGGUCUGGGCUUGCUGCAGGCACAGGGGGUCAACAUAGUGGUGGCCUUCGUCUUCACCAUUGUCAACAGCCUGCAGGGAGCCUUCAUCUUCCUCGUGCACUGCGUCCUCAAAUGGCACGUGACAGGGCAGUACCGGCGCUGGUUUAGGGUGCUGGGGCGACGAGUGCACCCCCAGGAGAUGCCCACCACCAAGAUACACGUCACCUAUGUCACGGAAGGGGAGAGGCCACACAGCCACAGCGCCGAGGGCUGCACAUGGGAGAAGUGA